CAUAUCGAACACGCAAAAUCUCCUUGGAAACCAAACCAAGAGCGCAUGGCGAUGAGCUUGCUAUGCUCGCUCGUUGCCCUCCUGCUGACCGUUCCAGCGAGCGCCAGCAGCAGCGAUGAGGCCGCGUUGCUCGCUUUCAAAGCGCAGCUCAGCCACGGCGGCUCGCUGGCCUCCUGGAACAGCAGCACCGGCUUGUGCAGCUGGGAAGGCGUGACCUGCGGCGGCCACCGCACGCCAGCGCGGGUGGUGGAGCUGAGGUUGAACGGCACCGGGAUCGCCGGACCGCUCUCCCCGGCCAUCGGGAACCUCACGUUCCUCCGGACGCUCGACCUUGGCAUCAACUCGCUCCAAGGGCGCAUCCCGGCGAGCCUCGGCCGCCUCCGCCGCCUGCGGAGGCUCUACUUGGAUGACAACUCAUUCUCCGGCACGUUGCCGGCCAACUUGAGCUCCUGUGUCAGCAUCACCGAAAUGAGGCUGGACAACAACACGCUUGGAGGGCGCAUCCCGGCUGAGCUCGGCCAGAAGCUCACGCACCUGGUGCUCAUCACGCUGAGAAACAACGUCUUCACGGGGACCAUCCCUGCGGCACUGGCCAAUCUGUCCCAUCUACAGUUCGUCGACCUCUCCGUUAACCAGCUCGCGGGCUCGAUCCCACCGGGGCUCGGUAGCAUCCAAAGCAUGCGAUAUUUCAACCUCGCCAGAAACCUCAUCAGUGGUACGAUCCCGCCUUCUCUCUACAAUUGGUCAUCCCUGGAACAACUUGAUGUUGGGCUAAAUAUGUUGUACGGAAUCAUUCCGGAUGAUAUCGGAAGCAAGUUCCCCAAGUUGAAAUCCCUUGGAUUAGAUGGUAACCACUUGGCAGGAACAAUCCCUUCCUCCAUAUCCAACAUGUCUUCCCUAAUAGAAGCUGGCUUUGACAGCAAUAGAUUUGGGGGGUAUGUGCCUCCCACAUUGGGGAAGCUGGGAGCUCUCCAAUAUAUCAACUUCCAUUACAACAAGCUUGAAGCAAAUGACACCAAGGGGUGGGAGUUCAUCACCUCUCUAGCAAACUGCAGCCAGCUGGAGAUAUUGGAACUCAGCACCAAUCUUUUUGCAGGAAAACUACCAGGUCCUAUUGUCAACCUCUCAACGACUCUCCAUGCCUUAGGUUUAAGUGAAAAUAUGAUCUCUGGGGUUAUUCCUGCGGACAUAGGCAAUCUGGUUGGUCUCAAGAGGCUUGCGAUAGCAAAUACUUCCAUAUCUGGAAUGAUUCCAGAGAGCAUUGGUAAGCUAGAAAACUUGAUAGAUCUAGGCUUGUACGGAAAUAGCUUGUCUGGCCUCAUACCUUCGGCGCUAGGGAACCUUUCGCAGUUGAAUAGGCUUUAUGCAUACCAUUGCAACUUGGAGGGACCGAUUCCAGCAAGCCUGGGGGAGUUGAGAAACCUCUUUGCACUUGAUCUGUCAAAGAAUCACCAUCUUAACUGUUCAAUACCCAAAGAGAUUUUCAAAUUACCCAGCCUUUCUUACUUCUUGGACUUGUCAUAUAACUCCUUUUCUGGACCCCUUCCCACUGAAGUUGGUAGCUUGAAAAGCCUUAACGCACUGAUUCUAUCGGGAAACCAGUUGUCUGGAAAGAUACCAGACAGUCUUCAGAAUUGCAUAGUGUUGGUAUGGCUAUUAUUAGACAACAAUUCCUUUGAAGGAAGCAUACCUCAAUCACUGAAGAAUAUAAAGGGGCUCAGUAAACUGAAUAUGACCAUGAACAAGUUCUCCGGUACUAUUCCCGUAGCCCUUGGACGUAUUGGAAACCUGCAGGAACUGUACCUAGCACACAACAAAUUGUCAGGAUCAAUCCCUGCAGUUCUACAGAAUUUGACAUCAUUGACCAAAUUGGAUGUAUCGUUCAACAAUUUGCAAGGUGAUGUGCCAAAGGAAGGUAUAUUCAAAAACAUCACUCACUUAGCGGUUGCUGGGAAUGUCAAUUUGUGUGGUGGUGCACCUCAACUUCACUUGGCUCCAUGUCCCACAAGCCACUUAAGCAAGAAGAAGAAAAAGAUGUCGAGGCCUCUUGUAAUUUCUCUAACGACAGCUGGAGCAAUCUUGUUCUCACUUUCAGUUAUUAUUGGUGUUUGGAUACUUUGCAAGAAGCUCAAACCAAACCAGAAGACAUUAACACAAAAUUCAAUUGCUGAUAAACAUUACAAGAGAAUCCCCUAUGAUGCAUUAUUGAGAGGAACUAACGAGUUUUCAGAAGUGAACUUGCUUGGAAGAGGAAGUUACAGCGCAGUUUAUAAGUGUGUUUUGGACACUGAACAUAGAACAUUGGCUGUCAAGGUGUUUAAUCUUGGUCAGUCUAGGUAUUCCAAGAGUUUUGAGGUUGAAUGUGAGGCCAUGAGAAGAAUACGACAUCGUUGUCUCAUUAAGAUCAUUACUUCUUGUUCGAGCAUCAACCACCAAGGUCAAGAGUUCAAGGCACUGGUUUUUGAGUUCAUGCCCAAUGGUAACUUGGAUGAUUGGCUCCAUCCAAAAUCUCAAGAGCCAACUGCAGAUAACACGCUCAGCCUUGCCCAGAGGCUUGAUAUUGCUGUUGAUAUUGUGGACGCAAUAGAAUAUUUGCAUAACUACUGUCAGCCAUGUGUAAUCCACUGUGAUCUUAAGCCAAGCAACAUUCUUCUUGCUGAAGACAUGAGUGCACGAGUUGCAGACUUUGGCAUAUCCAGGAUACUUGAAGAAAAUAUAAGUGAGGGCAUGCAAACUUUGUAUAGCUCAGCUGGAAUUAGAGGUUCCAUAGGCUAUGUUGCUCCAGAGUAUGGAGAAGGCUCUGUGGUCUCAAUGGCUGGUGAUAUUUAUAGUCUUGGCAUAUUGCUGCUCGAGAUGUUUACCGGAAGGAGCCCAACAGAAGGCAUGUUCAGAGGUUCAUUGGGUCUGCAUAGUUUUGUCGAGGAUGCUCUUCCAGGUAGAACCUUGGAGAUAGUUGACCCAACAAUGUCGUUGCACAGCGUACAAAAUGAUAACACUACAAAUAUUAGAAUCCAGGAGUGCUUGGUUUCAGUUUUCAAGCUUGGCUUAUCCUGCUCCAAGGCAGAGCCUCGAAACCGAGCACUGAUGAGAGAUGUAGCAGCGCGGAUGCAUGCAAUCAGAGAUGCGUACCUCAAGUAUAUGGGGGAGCAUGGAGCAGAAAGAGAAGCCUCGACACGAGAAAUCAAACACAACGCUGAAUAAACAAGCUGGUACAGGACAUGAUCCUGCAUUUGGUUGAAAAAUUAUGCAUCGUUUCAGUUAGUAAUUGUUUUCAGAGCUAUGUUGCUUUACGACCGUAUUAAAUAAAUGCCGAACC